AUGGAGUCGGUGUCCAGCAGCGAGGCCCCGUUCCAGCUACACCUGCUCCUCCCUAUUACGGCGGCGACAAACGCCGACACCUCCUCCGACCCUCCUAAUUGGAGUCUAUCCAUCCCCCGGCAAGCUCUUCUAGCACCACAAACCUCAUGUGUCCAAGGUGGCAGACUCUGCUCAAUCCAUAUAGAUUUUUGCCACAGUGGCGAGGGCUCUUUGACAGCACGUUCCUCCUUCCUCCUGGGUUUCAGCACCAGUGUAACAAAGUUAAAGGCUCCUCUAUUCCUUCCGGAGCUCCUCAGUGGGACUCGCUCAUUGACGCUCAUGCCACUCGCCUUGCUCCAUUCCCACGGCUCUCGGCCCCAUAUUGCUCAUCGCAACAGGUUAUUUCCAUUAAAAGCUAAUGGAUCUUCUAGUCCAUUAGAUGAUGAACAGUCUCAUGAGAAUGGACAUUGGGUCUUGCCGGACAUUAAAAGGGCUUAUGGAAAGAUUCAGCGCUCAAGAGCAAACACAAACAGAGAUGGCUUGUCUGUAAUUUUGGUCAAACAAAUUCAACAGCAUCUACAGAAGUGUGAGACUGACAAAUUACUACGUGAGAACAAAGCAGAGAAAGCAAAGGUUCGAGCACUGGCUGAACAAUUGCAGAAUGAAAAGGAAGACAAAGAAAGACUACUAAAUGAGAAGGCUAAGUUGUUAAAUUUGCUUUCCAAACGAUUGGAAUCAAAAGACUUUUCUGGAAAAAAGAGUCAUUCCAUAAGAUCUAGCAGCAAAGCAGAACAAGAGUUUCUCUAUCCAUUCAGUGAUCUCCAGAAGAAUGAGGAUCAACAAGACCUUUAUCUGCUUGGAGAAAGUGACAGCAGUUCCACAGUGAACUCUGACAGCGAUGUAAACACACAUGAUGAUAUCAUAAAGGACAACUUGAAGGUUAGGCUUGCUCCUGUAAUUGUCAAAAACAGAAGGACUGAAGUUGAAAUUGACAAUGAGGAGGAGUAUGAGGAAAAUGGUGAACGACAAACUCGAACUGUCACAAAAGUGGUAAAGAAAUCUGUUCCACACAGAACAUACCAGCCAGCUACUCCAGAGCAAGUUGACAAAUGGUCAAAAGAUUUGCCAGAUGUGUACAAACAACCACGGAAAGCUUGGCAAUUUCUUCAGCGUUUGCAGAAAAUCUACAAUUUGCACCCACUAGAUGGAGUGAUGAUUGUUAAUGUGAACUUAAGGGACAAUGACCAAAAGAGAUUAACAGAAAGUGUUGAAAGAUGGACUGGUGAGUCUCAAGCGAACAUUGAGGUUGGAUGGGAAGCUGUACGAACAUUCUUGUUUGAACUGAAACCUGCAGAGGUUAAUUGGGCUAAAAUUACCUCAUGCAUGCAGAAGACAAGAGAAAGUGUUGCUGAGUAUGAAGAACGCUUCAUACAAAUUUGGUUGGAAUAUGCUGGUGUGAACAACAAUGAAGAUCUAAGUAAAGAUACCAGCAUGCCUCUUAAAACCGCAUUUGUAAAUGGACUGAAACCUGAGAUUUCUAAAGCCCUUAAAAUCAGGUAUGAUGACUGGGACAGCAUUGGAACAGCAUUUAUGCAGAUUGUUGAAUGGUCAGCAAAGAUUGAAAGAACACAGGAAGUCAAUCUCAGAGCUUUGCAAACCAAAACCUUGUCAUUCAACAACAGGACAACGGGGUAUGAAGAACAUGAAUAUGUGAGAUACCCAAAAGCAAAAAGUCAAGGAAGAUGCAGGUACUGCAACGAAGAAGGACACUGGGUUCGUGAUUGCAAGUUGAUUUUAACACAUCAAAGUGAUGAUGAUGAUGAUGACAACUUGUUGAAGAGGUUUCAGCUGCUGACAGACAAGCAAAAGCAGACUCUGCUGAAAGCUUUUGAGCCGCAGGAAAACUGAAGAACCUCUCUCUGCAGCACCAACUAGUGACAUCUCAUCCAACAACUGAUGUACUCCAUGUGUAUGUAAAUAAGACAAAUGAAGACCCCAUCCCAAAGGUGAAAGCAUACACAGAAGUUUCAACAACUGAAGCCAAAGAUGAUGUCCUAGUAGACGGUGCUGCUAAACAAGCCGUAAAGGAGAGAGGUGCACAUACAGCGGCAUUAAGACAACUU